AUGGCCAUUACAGCUCUGUCAGACACGACGAUACGCUCACUCGGCUCAGGGACUGUCAUAAGCACGCCAAUAAGUCUCGUCAAGGAGCUGCUCGAGAAUGCAAUCGAUGCCAAGGCGACCUUUAUCGAGGUCCUCGUAUCUGCCAACACUGUCGACAAGGUUGAGGUCAGGGACAAUGGCACCGGCAUCCAUCCAGGCGACUUUGACCUUCUCGGCCGCCACGGCUGCACGAGCAAGCUCAAGUCAUUUGACGACCUGGUUCAAGUGGGAGGAACAUCGUUGGGCUUUCGCGGCGAAGCGCUCGCCAGUGCUGCCACCUUCGGGGCCGUUUCCGUCACCACAAGGAGUGUCGAAUUGCCAGUGGCAACGAUGAUUCGGUUGAAGGGCCAAGGCCAAGGGGUCAAAGAAAUGCGACAGGUGUGCGCUCCUGUUGGCACAACUGUCGAAGUUACCAACAUCUUCUCGAACUUACCUGUCAGGAAAAGAAUCGCCAUCAGGGAUUGUUCAAAAACGAUAACAAAGAUUAAAGAACUUCUCUACUCGUACACACUGGCCAAUCCAGCCGUCAAGCUAUCCUUCAAGGUGCUGGGAAACAACAAGAUCUCUUGGUCAUAUGCUCCUGGCCGCGAUGCUGGUCUUCAAGACGCAGAAGCUCAGAUUCUCGGUGUCGUGACGAAGAAUCAGCUUCAGUUGACAACUUCAUCUGUCAGAGAGCGCGUACCCGAGUCUCAUCGAAUGAAAUCAAGUAAGGAUGCGUCAGGAUCUGUUGCCUUCCAAGCCUUGAUGCCGAAAGUGAGCGCAGAUGUGCUCACCCUUGGGAAAGGGGCGUUCGUGUCGGUCGAUACGAGACCGAUCUCGCCAGCAACAGGAACGGCGAAGAAGCUUUAUCAAAUAUUCAAGAAGAAGAUUAGAUGUGUAUCCACUCAUCCUGGAGUCGAAACUUGCAGAGAGCCCCUGUUGAUCCUCAACAUCCAGUGCUCGCCUGGUACUUACGAUGUGAACAUCGACCCUGCGAAAUCGGAUGUCCUGUUCGCAGACGAGGAUGCUCUCCUCGGUCCAUUCCAGGAUCUGUGUGAUGAAGUAUAUGGGAAGAUUCGUCCUGUUGAAUCAGUCGCCGUUGCUGAGGCGCUGGACAGAUUUCCAAAUGAAAUUGAUAGUACUGAUGCUGGAGGCGGGAUAGCCUCCGGGGAUCCAGACGAUGCAGCGCAGAUGGCACUUGGCUCAUUGCCUGACGAUCUCCCGGCUGGGGGCAGGGAGCUGGGAAGAGAAAUGUCCUCUGAGGCGAGCGGUGAUUAUGAUCAUUGCAAAACGCGCUUCGAAGUUGUUUCUGAGAAGCAAAACGAACAACUUCUAGCCUCAGUGCCAGCACCGCAAGUGACUACCGAGCACCCUCAAACUAAACUUGUUAUUGACAUUUUCUCGUCUAGCAAGGGAAAAGACAUCCAUGUCUCGUCAAGGGAGGCGCCUGGUCAGCAGCUGCAUGCAGCGGCUUCACAGCACGACAUUGAAGGGAGCGAGCAUCAGCCUACCACGUUUCAAAGGCCCCCCGAACGCGAGAGUUGUUCCGAACUAGUGAAGACUUGGAUUAACAGUAACGGAGACGACUAUUUUGAUGCUGCAGAAUCCACUGGUAGUCUGAAUCCGUGGACGAUCGCCAAGAUGAAAGCACCACAGACCGGAGAAUUCCGAGAGUGUGACCUCGUAUUCACUCCGCCCGAACCAAACCCUCGCAGCUCAGUGGAUGCCUCGACUGAAGGAUCUGAUACGCUAUCGGGCUUACUUCGACGUGUGCCUAACCCUAGUGAUGGGUUGACAUCGAGCCAUCAAGGUACGGGAGCUGAAGACGCUGGGAACGGACGAUAUCAGACCUUCGACAAUCCUGGACCACAGCGGCGAGGGAACAGACGCAGUGGAUUUGACCGAUCAGCACACAACAAUCAUAUGCCUUCAGCGGGAAGGGGGAGUCGGACAAGACCUGCUUUCAACGGAUUACAGUCACCGCCACCCUCGUCCCCGAUAAGAAGUGAAGCUCGGGGAUCGAUGAGCUGGAAGCUGCGUCCGGCCGCUGAUUCUCAUAAAUUCCGGCAAGCGACGCUGUUCUGUGGCGCUGGCCAAGCUUCUGUUCUUCCACCCUCGACGUCAGAAGAGACCGCUGUUCCCAGGACAUCGGCAACAAAGGAGCUUUUGACUAGGCUACAUGAAGAUAGCAGAUUCAGCCCUGACAUAACUGGGACUGCACGGUCUACAAGCGGCGCAAGAAGCUUGAAGAGACUCAAGAGUGACCAGCUGCCGCUGGAGCGGACGCCUCCCGGCCAACACACACGUCAUCUCUGUUGUAACGUCUUCCUCGACUUAUCACAACUCAAACUGAGCACCACAGCGUUUGGAGCUUGUGACCAGUACAUCCUGAAAGGCCACAAUGGCUGGGGAAUGGACACGUCGCUGCGAAAGGCCAUUGCACAGCUGAAGGACUGA